AUGGUGUCAACUAUGGAUGAAUCCGUCCCUGCAGCGCCAACUCCUGAGAAGUCCACUGACCAUGACGAUCAAAUUCAGAAGCUGAAAGCCGAGAAUCGGUUGGCCGCUGCUUCAGAAGCCGAUGACGAUGGUGACGUCUCGAUGGUGGGAGUAGAGGACAAGGAGAAUGGUGAUUCAAUGUCUUCUCCAACUGUCAAUGCACCAACAACGUUAGAAGACGUCAGUGCUGCAACAACCACAAAUGGUAGCUCCACUCCAAAUGACGUAGAAUGCAUAGAGAUUGACGACGAUACUAAUGGUCCUCCUGCCAAAAAAGCAAAAACCAGUGAUUCCAACGACUCCGACAUCGCUGUAAUAAACGGGAAAGAUGAGAAGUCACCUUCGAAAGAUGAAAAGCCGAAAGAGAAAGAAGCAGAGCUUACCAGUCCUGGAGCGUUGUUGAAUAAGUUGGAGGAAUACGUAUCCGACGCGAUCGAUAACAAAAAGAAUAUCGAUAGGAAGGUUCUGGACGCAUUGUUAGGUGCAAUAAAUGUUCAAGUGCAGAAGGAGCCACUUAGUGUUCGGAAACUCAUCCUCGAUAAACAGCUUGUUUUGCCAAACACUAUAUCCUUUCCUCCGAGUUUGACCGUAGAUAUGCUCAUUGAACAUGAUCCAGAUCAUCCACUUUCCAAGGUUAUAACUCGGAUGUUCGGAGAAGAGCGACCGAAGUUAAAUGAGGCGGAAAAGAGGGAGCGACAAAAUCUGAAGCUCCAUAACAACGCUCCCCACAUGACGAAGUUGCUGCUCGAUAUUGGUCAAGAUCUCGUUCAAGAGUCAACGUAUUGCGACAUAGUGCAUGCUCGUAAUCUUCCAGAAACCCCAAAAAAUAUAGAGACGUACAAGCAGGUUGCAGCUCAGCUCAAGCCUGUAUGGGAAGCUUUGCGGAAAAGGAAUGAACCAUACAAGUUGAAAUUGCUGUCCUGUCAAGUGUGCGGAUUCAGAACAGAGUCUCGAAUAGUUCUACAAGCUCAUCGUUCUACGGUGCAUUUCAAAAAUGGCAAAUACCAGUGCGCCAUGUGCCCUGAGUUCGACACCAACGAGCAGCGGCUCAUCAAUCAUUAUCUUGAAUCUCAUAUGAUAAUAGCGACGAAAGACGAAACACAAGCUAAAUAUCCAUGUCUAAUAUGUGACGAAGACUUCCAAUACAAAGGGCUUCGGGACACUCAUCUACGGACUUGCAAAAAGGAUUAUAGCCGUGUUCGAAAUGUAAUGGGACCAAAGGGGCCUGACGACCAAUUAAUGAUCAAUCGUUGGCUGUGGGAUCGACCUCCUAUUGAUCCAACGAUUCUGCAACAGCAGCAAGCUGCUCAGGCGCAACAGAAACGGAAUCAGUUGGCUCAGGCGCAACAAGCUGUUGCUCAGGCAGCCUUGAGAAGAACAGCGGCAGUACGGGAUGCGCAACAAAAUGCUCUGCAGCAACAACUGCUCCAACAACAGCAACGUAUGCGCCAGGCUGCAGCAAUGAUGCAACAACGUAACAUGUUAGGACAGAAUAGUAACAGCCUUAUUGCAGCGAUGCAACAACACAUCCAACGGGCUAGUCAACAACGUGGAUCUACUGCCGCAGCUACCACUGUUGGCUCACUUGCUGCUGCUACUGCACUAUAUCAGAAGAAUCUCGCUGCAAGUCGCAACGCAUUGCUGGCUAACGCGUCAGCGUUACGGAAAGGGCCAGCGGUAAGUCCUAUGAAUGCUGCUGCUAUGCAGAAGGCAUUUGCGUUGGCAAACGGAGGGAUUUCUAGUGCUGCCGCAUUAGGUGGCGCCAGUUCUACAGCGGGAUCGCACGCUUUAGGCAACUCUACAAAUGCUGGCAAUGGGCCAGGAAUAUGUGAAAUUUGUGACCAAAACAUGGUCGAUAGAGAACGAUAUUUCCAACACCUCCAGUUAAUUCACAAGCAUCUUCGUGAUAAGACGUUGGACGACGUGAAACUGGGAGCUCCUCUCGCUUGCAGCAGAUGCCGCGAAAGAUUUUGGACGUAUGAAGGCCUUGAACGUCAUCUUGUAAUGGCUCAUGGCCUUGUCACUGCUGAUUUACUAACGAAGGCUCAAAAUAAGUUGGACGGUGGUCGAUGCAAACUAUGUGCAAAGCAAUACGCCUUUAACAUGUUACAACAUCUAGUCGCUGACCACCAUAUCAAGUUGUGCUCGGCAGAAAUUAUGUACUCUUGUGAUGUGUGCUCUUUCAAAUGCAGCAGUUAUACAACAUUAGAAAGCCAUUUGAAUGCGAACCAUCCGAAAGGAAUGGCGGAUAAAAGUGCUCUAGUUCCACCAUCCGCUGAAUCUGCGUCCGCUUCAAAUGGUACCUCCAAGGAUAAGGACGCGACGAAGUCGACAGAUGACGACUGCAUCACGCUGGAGUAA